UAUAUGCAUGUAGGUUAAAUGAAUACCUGACGAAAGGGCCCACGUUUCAAGGCAGUGACAUUUGAUAGCUGAGAGGAAAAGUGGCUUUAAUGAAAAGCAACCUUUGGAAUUCCUGCUUGUGAGAAAUCCAAUUCAGCUUUUUGUGCUGCCAGCAAGAAAUGAUCAGUAGCACCAGUGUUUAUGGCUUGAAGAUGCAGUGGACGCCGGAGCAUGCCCAGUGGCCAGAACAGCACUUUGACAUCACUUCAACCACCCGGUCUCCUGCCCAUAAAGUUGAAGCCUAUAGAGGUCAUUUGCAGCGCACCUAUCAGUAUGCCUGGGCAAAUGAUGAUAUAUCUGCUCUGACUGCAUCCAAUCUACUAAAAAAAUAUGCAGAGAAGUAUUCUGGCAUUUUGGAAGGCCCCGUAGACCGACCUGUACUCAGUAAUUACUCAGAUGCACCAUCCGGUCUAGUGAAUGGUAGGAAAAAUGACAGCGAACCCUGGCAGUCUUCCUUGAAUUCUGAGGCUGUGUAUCCUAUGAACUGUGUUCCGGAUGUUAUCACUGCCAGCAAAGCUGGAGUCAGUUCAGCCCUCCCUCCAGCAGAUGUCUCCGCCAGUAUAGGGAGCUCUCCUGGGGUGGCCAGCAACCUGACAGAACCUAGUUAUUCCAGUAGCACCUGCGGAAGCCACACCGUCCCUAGUCUUCACGCAGGGCUCCCAUCUCAGGAAUACGCCCCAGGAUACAACGGAUCAUAUUUGCAUUCCACCUACAGUAGCCAGCCAGCACCUGCACUUCCUUCACCUCAUCCAUCACCUUUGCAUAGCUCUGGGCUCCUGCAGCCACCACCGCCUCCUCCUCCACCGCCAGCCCUGGUCCCCGGCUACAACGGGACGUCUAACCUCUCCAGUUACAGCUAUCCCUCGGCGAGCUACCCUGCUCAGACUGCUGUGGGAUCCGGGUACAGCCCUGGGGGGGCACCCCCUCCUCCUUCAGCAUAUCUGCCUUCAGGAAUUCCUGCUCCUACGCCCCUACCACCCACCACUGUUCCUGGCUACACCUACCAGGGUCAUGGUUUAACACCUAUUGCCCCCCCAGCUCUGACAAACAGCUCAGCAAGUUCUCUCAAAAGGAAAGCUUUCUAUAUGGCAGGGCAAGGAGAGAUGGACUCCAGCUACGGAAAUUACAGCUACGGCCAACAGAGAUCUACACAGAGUCCUAUGUACAGAAUGCCCGACAACAGCAUUUCAAACUCAAAUCGGGGGAAUGGCUUUGACAGAAGUGCUGAAACAUCAUCCUUAGCAUUUAAGCCAACGAAGCAGCUAAUGUCCUCUGAACAGCAAAGGAAAUUCAGCAGCCAGUCCAGUAGGGCUCUGACCCCUCCUUCCUACAGUACUGCUAAAAAUUCAUUGGGCUCCAGAUCCAGUGAAUCCUUCGGGAAGUACACGUCGCCAGUCAUGAGUGAGCAUGGGGACGAGCACAGGCAGCUCCUCUCUCACCCGAUGCAAGGCCCUGGACUCCGAGCAGCUACCUCAGCCAACCACUCUGUGGACGAGCAACUGAAGAACACGGACACGCACCUCAUUGACCUGGUAACCAACGAGAUCAUCACCCAAGGACCGCCGGUGGACUGGAAUGACAUUGCUGGCCUCGACCUGGUCAAGGCUGUCAUUAAAGAGGAGGUUUUAUGGCCAGUGCUGAGGUCAGAUGCAUUCAGUGGACUUACGGCCUUACCUCGAAGCAUCCUUUUAUUUGGACCUCGGGGAACAGGCAAAACAUUACUGGGCAGAUGCAUAGCUAGUCAGUUGGGGGCCACCUUUUUCAAAAUCGCUGGAUCCGGACUAGUCGCUAAGUGGGUAGGAGAAGCAGAGAAAAUCAUCCAUGCCUCUUUUCUUGUGGCCAGGUGUCGCCAGCCCUCGGUGAUAUUCGUCAGUGACAUUGAAAUGCUUCUUUCCUCCCAAGUGAGCGAGGAACACAGUCCAGUCAGUCGGGUGCGAACCGAAUUUCUGAUGCAGCUGGACACUGUACUAACUUCAGCUGAGGACCAAAUCGUCGUCAUUUGUGCCACCAGUAAACCUGAAGAAAUAGAUGAAUCUCUUCGGAGGUACUUCAUGAAACGACUUUUAAUCCCACUUCCCGACAGCACAGCGAGGCACCAGAUAAUAGUACAACUGCUCUCACAGCACAAUUACUGUCUCAAUGACAAGGAGUUUGCACUGCUCGUCCAGCGCACAGAAGGCUUUUCGGGACUAGACGUGGCUCAUUUGUGUCAGGAAGCAGCAGUGGGCCCCCUCCAUGCCGUGCCAGCCACAGACCUUUCAGCCAUUAUGCCCAGCCAGUUGAGGCCCGUUACAUAUCAAGACUUUGAAAAUGCUUUCUGCAAGAUUCAGCCUAGCAUAUCUCAAAAAGAGCUUGAUAUGUAUGUUGAAUGGAACAAAAUGUUUGGUUGCAGUCAGUGAUGACUUCAUUAAAAAAAAAUUGUAAUGAA